AUGGCAAGAAAAACAAGCUUGUUUCUCAUUCUCAUUCUCCCAAUCAUUCUUAUUCUCUUUCUCAUCCCUUCGGUGAAAGGUAGUCGUUUUGCUGACCAAAUCAGCAAAACGACGGUGGUAAAUCUCAAAACGACGGUGUUGGACUCGAGCUGUGAUUGUGAGCCAACCUAUGGGUUCUUGCCUUGCACGAGCAGCUUGUGGGAGAUGGUUUUCAUGAUAGUCGUGUAUGAGGUUUUGUUGUCGAUUGGAGAGCAAUAUAUCAAGGCUGGUUCAAACCUUUUCUUUGAGACCUUUGGAACUGGUUUUUUUGGAGCAAGUAUAUUCCACUUGCUUGGUACUGUCCCACAAGUUGGCUUGAUUCUCAUGAGUGGUAUUAGUGCAAGUCCAGAUUCGAUGGGAGAGGAGCUAGAAAUGAGCAUGGGACUACUAGCAGGAACAACAAUCAUUUCCCUCACAUUGAUUUGGGGUUCUGUUAUUGCUUUUGGCAACUACGACCUUUCACUAUCUCCAAACAAUUCACCACUUGAAGACCAUCAUUCAAAACCCUUCACUUUGACUGGUUAUGGUGUAACGACUGAUAUUGAAACGAACGUGACUGCAAGACUCAUUUUGGUUUCACUCGUCCCGUUUAUCAUUCUUCAGUUGUCAAAAGUUCACAAUUCAUCGUUCUGGAUACGACUCAUUGUUUUGGUUUCUCUCAUUGUUUCGGUGAUAUUCCUCGUUCUUUACUGCAUCUAUCAGAUGUUUGAGCCAUGGAUGCAAACCAGAAGACUUGAAUUUGUGUUAAGGAAAUACAUAAGAAAGAACUUAGUGCAGAGUCUUCUCACCCCAAGGGGUAGGCCUAAUAUACCUGUUAUAAAGGAGAUAUUUCAUAGGAUUGAUGAGAAUGGAAACUCAUACAUAUCAACUGCUGAGCUGAAAACAUUAAUCUUAGGAAUACAAAUCGAACACUCGGGCUUGGACGAGCAGGAUUUUGUGACAAAGGUUUUGAAAGAGUUUGAUAUUUCUGGUGAUUCUCAAAUAAAUGAGGCAGAGUUUAUCAAUGGACUCUCAAACUGGCUUAUUUCAUCUAAUAAGGAUGCUUUCAAGUUCGUUUCUCAGGCCAAACAAAAGUUCCUCAACAUUAUUUCCGAGAAAUCUACAAUCGAAGAAGAGCAAAGCUUGUUGGUAGCUCCAAAUAAGACCGCCACCACAACCACCACCACCAAGGCCACCAACGCCACUGAAAAAGUUUGGUUGAAAUACAUUAAGGCUGCUCUUUUUAUACUUUUUGGGAUAAGCAUUACUUUUCUUCUUGCAGAACCUCUCAUGAGCACUGUUCAAGAAUUCUCUACUGCUGCAAAUAUUCCCUCAUUCUUAGGCUCAUAUGUUAUGAUACCCUUGGCCUUGACCUUCAGCCAGGCCAUCAGUGCGAUUAGCUCAGCCAAACAUAAGACAGAGAAUGCAAUUUCUUUGACAUUAUCUGAGAUUUAUAAUGGAGUAUUCUUAAACAACAUGAUGGGUUUGAUCAUAGUCUUGGGACUUAUUUAUUGUCGAAAUUUGUCUUGGGAUGUCUCAACUCAAGUUUUGGUUGUUCUAAUCAUUUGUGCAAUCAUGGGUUUGUAUACAACCUUCUGCUCCAUUUUCCCACUUUGGACAAGUAUUUUAGCUUUUGCUCUCUACCCCUUAUCACUACUUUCUAUUUAUUUUCUUACUUCUAUUCUUGGAUGGUCUUAA